GCAAAGUGGAGCAGGACUUCCAGCCAGUGGUCCUCGACGGCGUGCGCACCUCCCAGGCCCCGAACGGCUCGCUGGUCCUCAUGUCCGCCAACACGGCCGAUGCGGGCUGGUACAUGUGCCAGGCCACCAACGACGUGGGCCAGCCCCUGUCCAAGGUCGUGCAGCUCACCGUGCACGCCCCCGCGCGCGUGGUGACGGAGCGUGGGCGUGUGACGGGUCACGCGGGCCAGACGGUAACCGUGACGUGCGAGGCCACAGGCGACGACCCCCUCGAACUCACCUGGCUGCGCCACCACGUCCCCGUCUCGCCGUCGCACAGAGUGUUGGUGCGGGAAUCGAGUGCGGGCGGGCUAGUGCGGGCGGUGUUGGAGAUCAGGGCGGUGACGGCGGCUGACGCGGGAGAAUACACGUGUCGGGCGACCAACCCCCACGGACACCACGCCCAGAUGUAUGAAAUAGCCAUCAUAGAACCUCCUACGGCGCCCUCGGGAGUGUCGGUGACGGACGUGACAAGCCGCUCUGCAAGGAUAUCCUGGUCUCUGCCUCAGCCAGCUGCCGUCACCAUACAGUAUCGAGCCGCAGAGGAGGAAUCGUGGGCGGUGCAUGGGCGCAACGUCAGCGUGGGCCAGUGGGCGUCUUCGCAUGUCCUCUCCGGCCUCACGCCCUACCAGGCCUAUGCCGUCAGGUUGAUGGCGCACAACGACCUGGGGGUGUCGCAGCCGUCCCACAUGCACGUCUUCACCACGCUGGAGGAAGCUCCGUCGGGGGCACCGCGAGACGUGAGGUUGGCCGCAGGAGGACCUCGAUCCUUGAUAGUGACCUGGCGCCCCCCGUCGCCCAACCUCCUGCACGGCACCCUCAGAGGCUACACCAUCGCCAUCCGCCGCCAGAACCUGCAGGGCCACCUCACCUUCAUCACCAGGCCGGCCUCGGUGCCGAAAGGUAGCACUCACGCUCCGCAGAUCUCGGAGGCUCACGACGACGCCGACGGCUUCGAGCAGUACCAGGUGCGGGGGCUAAUCCCGGCCACCCUGUACGAGGUCGCCGUGCGGGCCUUCACGCGCGCGGGUCCGGGGCCGCUGUCCACGCCCAGGAUCGUGGAUUCUACGAGCCAUGACGCACCCUCCUGUCCUCCUGCUGGAGUGUCAUGCCGAGGGUCUGGGCGUGGAGUGGUGAGGGUGUGGUGGUCGCAGCCGCCCACGCACUGCAGUCAGACUCCUGUUGCUGGCUAUACGAUCGUCGCGACGCCCACCACGCACACGCACCACCCUUCAGACAGCACAAAAUGGGAAGUCAACACAACCAACUUGGAAAAGAAUCUGGACUCGCUCCCGCCAGCCGCUAACAUCAGCGUGCGAGUCAAGGCCUUCAAUAACGUUGGUUAUAGUCCCUCCAACAAACCCGUUUUCUGCGUCACGGAGGAUGAUAUACCAGGCGCCCCUGGAAAGGUGCAGGUGACGGUGACUGGCCCGAGGAAGGUGCUGGUAACAUGGGUUCCGCCUCAGCCUCCCACAGGGAAUAUCCUUCAUUAUACAUUAUACUCCGUCAAGGACGACCAGGUGAGGGAUCGUGACGUCGUGGGCGCAGCUGGCUCGGAGUCCACGUGGAGGGAGCUCAGGGACCUUGCUCCUUCCUCUAGAAUCGAGGUGUGGGUGACAGCCACCACGGCCGCCGGCGAAGGUAACCCGUCGCCUCGACUCACAGCUUUGCUCAAGCCCACAGCGACACACGCACCCGUAGCUCUGGGAGGCGGACGGACCUGGCGUGUGGGCGCAGGGGCGGGCGUUACCCUAGGCUGCCGUGGGCGUGGAAAGCCCGCGCCCUCCAUCGUGUGGUCGCGAGGAGGCCAGACCAUCACCUCCGGCCAGUUCACGCAACUGCUGCCUGGCGGGGACCUGCAUCUGACGGGUGUGCGGGAGACAGCCAACUACACCUGCAAAGUGAGCAACACGAUGGGCGUGGACAGCCUCACGCAUCACGUGAUCGUCGUCACGAUGCCCCCACCGCCCACUCUCUCCCUCGCUUACGCCACCCACGAUGCCCUGAACCUGACCAUCGUGCCCACGGGAGACGGCGGUGCGCCCAUCCUAGUAAAGAAGAAUGUUCAGCCGGUUACCAACUUCCGUCUAGUUCAAGAGUACCCACAGCCCGGACCGCGAAUUGACAAUGUCCCACAAUAG